AUGGAAGUAUUUGAUCUAAUCUCUUAAAGGCAUUGAUCUGUGUACGAAUUUUUGCUGUUCAUGAGUUUGUAGUCAUUCGUUGUUUUAGGGAUUAACCUUAGCGAAAAACACAGGCUGUCCAAGUGCUAAAUCUACAGCACCACAUCAGCUGAUCGCGACAAUUUCGCGAUGCAGAACGCGAUGAACAAAAUCGAAUAGCAACAUCAGAGAAUUGACGAAACUGAUUAUGAGGGCGUCAAUUAAUUCUGCAAUAUUUACCACUUGAUUUUAUUCAUACUCCUUCAUCAAUCAUGGCCACAAUAUCCAUACCUACAACCUCUGCGCUUCCUCCCUCGCAGCUUGUCCCCUCCACCCACCCCUCCGUACACAAACUUCUUUCUCGCCUUUCGCGCCCUGCUCUUCUUACCCUCGCCCUCGACUGGCUCGACGAACGUAAUCAAGUUAACACUGCGCCUUAUCUUCUUGAAGCUGACGAGUCCGCAUCCGACUAUGAGCAGGAUCUCUACCCACCUCAUGCUACCCUCGAUUCACUCAGCGAACUCUAUACCUCCUUCACGACGCAAAAAGGCAGCAAGCGCGAUGUACUCGAUCGAAUUCUGGAAGGAGAUUGGAGACAUGGAGUUACACUAUAUCAAUUAGCUAUGGCAGAUAUGCAAUAUUUAUAUGAUCAUCCUACGUCGCAAAAAUGGACCGCCUUGAAAAUCGUACGCUUGUCAUCCUCAUCUCCCGAUCAUGAAGUUUUGGAGGAAGAAAAUAAAGCUUCGACAAUACCACGAUUUCAUCCUUCAACUUUCUUGCAAAAUUUACAGAGGGAGGUUUUGCCAGACGUAAAAGCCCAUUACAAUCUCGACCGACAUGCUACUUUACCAUUACUACUCCUGAGGAUAUAUAUCCUGGAUUCGCCAUACAAUACAUCGCUUGCGCUUUCAUCGGGAUCUAAAAAGCCAAGCAUGGCAUUCGAUUCUAGCAGGACUUUCUACAUUGCCUUCCCGGAUGCUUCGCCGUAUAUUUAUGUUUCAUUGAAUUCUACGGCAGGGAGUGCCAGCGGAGCAACCGAUACGAAGAGCUUACGGAAAUUGACAUUGGAUGGGAUUCCGAAGGCGUUUAGCAGACCAAGAGAGAGAUACAAGUUAGAAGGUACUGGAUUUUCCACGAAGAAUUUGGAAGCAUUGUGUGAAAAGAGGGGAGGAGGAAGACACAACGCAGCAGGAGGUGCAUGGGGAGUUUAUGCGGGAGAGAAUAAAAAGGACAACCCCUUGAAUCCGAUAUUGCCUACACCAGGUGAUUCGCCAACUGAAUCUUUAGAGAGUGCUAUUAAGGAGAAAGUAAUACCGAGAAAUAUGAAGAGACCUAGAGAAGAAGACGCGCCAGAAUUGGCAAAGAAGCGAAAGGAUAUAGCUAUGGCCCGUUUUGGAAGCUCUGCGAGGUCUAAUGAUGGGAAAGGCAUUGAAAGGCUCGACGUCCGUCUCGAAGACCCUUUCCCUUCUCUUGCUUCCAUAAUACACGAUCCUGAAAAUGAAUCAGCGAUCGGGAGACAACGAGGGAAGAAUAAAGGGCGCAGAAGUACCAUCGAAGCGGAGCUUGAUAGAUUGGACGAGGAGGAUGGCGAGGAAAGAAGCGAAACAGAAAGGGACGAAAGGGGUAGAGAUACAUGGAAGCCAGAUAUCAGGAUAACGUUUCAUGGAAAUCAUGUAUUUGCAGGCAUUCGAGAAUUAGUUGAGGCGGGAAUAGUAGACGGAGAGAAGAUGCCAGGAUGGAUGACUGGGGAAGAAAGUGUUAGUAUAGGCGUUGUGAAGAGAGGAAGAAUUAGGGGAUUUAAGGGAAGUGGUAUGUGAUUGAUGUUUGUGAUGAGUAUGUCUGAUUAUUGGAAGGUUUGUAAUUUGGUGUUUGGAUGGGCGGUGAUACCUGGAGUUGGAGGUCUUCUAUUUUCAUUGACGUGUUGAAAGGUUCGGUAUGUUCAAUGGUGGCCACGACACGAUAAUUUUGAAAUUACUAUUCAAGUCUUGAGAAGAAUGAUAGUGUUGAAACCGGACUAAACAGAAAGGCGCUAUGGCACAGAUUUCAAAUCGACAAUGCCAUUUGAACUCUCAUUUUCCGAUGCGGGAGGCUUUGAGAAUCAUCAUCCUCUAACACGAAAAAUCCAAUCCAAAAAACCCAGCUGGUUUAGAAUAUAAAUCUAAGUUCUAGUCAUCUAAUAUGUACGCAAAUGAACUUGGUCUCAUGUGCAUAGCGCUCACGCUCCCAAGUCGAACAUCUUACAACUAUUUUUCCAUGCCACCUCCCUCAAUUCACUUUGACUCCGGCAACGACCGCUACCCGCCCAAUCA